AACCAUUAACCCGGGUCCCCUCCCUGUCCCGGGGCCGCGCUCGCCCGCGGCUCUGGCUCCUGCCCCCGCCAUGGCGGCGGUGGGCUCCUCGGGGGGCACCGGCCUCCCCCCGUCUCCGGUGAAUCCCGGCAGCCGGCACACGCCGCCGUCCCCGCUGCAGCUGCUGCUUGAGCGGGCUACUGCCAUCGAGGAGGAGCUGGCCCAGGGCAAGGAGAAGCCCUUCACCGAGGUGACCCGCUGCCAUUCGGGGGACGCGGUUGCCGCCGGCCGCCAGCCCCUCACCUUCCUCCGGCAGGUGGCCGCCGUCUGCGCGUACCCCGAGCUUCUGGGUGCCGAGUGCGUGCCGGCGGACGCCAAGCGGCGCGCGGGCCUGAUCCUGCGGCACCUGCAGGGCGGCAGCCCAGGGGCGUACAACCUGGAGUACGUCAUGGACACGGUGACCGAAAAGGUGGCGCGUUACCUGGAGCGGAGGGACGGCGGCGUCCCCAGCGACCCCCGCUGCGUCGUCCCCUGCGGUGGCACGGCGGCGGCCGUGGUGGACGCGGUGUCGCUGGUGGCGGACGAGUCGGCGGCGCGGCCCACGGGCGUGCUGGUGCCGACGCCGGGGCCCCGGCUCCACGCGGCGGCGGCGGCGUUGGCGGGCGCCGUGGCCGUGCCGUACCCGCUGGACGAGGAGCGGGGCUGGGCCGUGGCCGGCGGUGCGGUGCGGCGGGUGCUGCGGCAGGCGAGGGCGACGUGCCACCCCAAGGCGCUCUGCGUCGUCAACCCCGGGGACCCCACGGGGCACGUGCUGAGCCGGCAGAACAUGGAGGACAUCAUCCGGCUGGCGGCCGAGGAGAACCUCCUGCUGCUGGCGGACGAGGUGCUGCAGGAGCAAGCCUUCCUCCCCGGCCGCCCCUUCCUCUCCUUCAAGCGGGUGCUGUGGGAGAUGGGUGCCCCGCUCGCCUCCACCGUCCAGCUCAUCUCCUUCUACUCCCUCUCCAAGGGCGUUGGGGGGGGCGGUUACCGAGCGGGUUUCUUCGAGCUGCACAACAUCGACCCGCGCGUCCUCAAGUGUUUCUACACGUGGGGGAUGUCGGUGUAUCCCCCCAUCCUGGGGCAGGUGAUGCUGGACGCGGCCAUGGACCCCCCGCUGCCCAAGGAGCCCUCGGAGACAGCUUCUGAGGAGCACGGGCAGGGGCUGCGCCGUGACCUGGCCCGCAACGCCCGGCUGGUGCAAGAAGCGCUGGGUGGAGCCCCCGGUAUCCGCUGCCAGCCCGUGCAGAGCGGCCCCCGCGCCUUCCCCCGCGUCCAGCUCCCGCCCCGCGCCCUGCGCCGGGCCCGGGCCCUGGGCCUGCAGCCCGAUGUCUUCUUCUGCCAGCAGCUGCUGGAGGCGACGGGGGUGCUGCUGGCCCCGGGGAGCGAGUUCGGGCAGCCCGAGGGCACCCACCAUGUGGGGCUGUCCCUGCUGCCGCCGGCCGAGACGCUGGAGCGGGUGCUGCUCGCCCUCACCCGCUUCCACGCCGCCUUCCUGCGAGACUUCUCCUGACGUGGGGGCGACCCUGGCCCCGUGUAUGUCCCCCCCCCAGAUCCAUGACCCCCAUUAAAUCCCCCGCAGAUCA